UACCCUAUAGAAACACAAACUCAACUCUUCUCUCUCGUAUUUUGUUCGUUGUCCAUUCAUUUUCAUUUAGUUUUCAUCUCCCUAUCCCCCCUACCUUCCACUCUUCUCCACAAUAUUAAACACCAACACCUUCAUUUAAUCCUUUAAAUAAUCCCAAUCCCAAUUCCUUUAAAUAAUAAUAAUAAUAAUAUUAUUAUUAACAAUAAUAAUAAUAUUAUUAUUUUUAUUAUUCGCAUCUACAUUGGUUCCUUCAGCCACCCAAACAAUCACACCGUUUUGGUGUCAACACAAGAUCUAAAUUCCUCCACAUCUUCUUCUUCUUCUUCUUCAUUCGAAGUACUGCAAAUUUUGUCGGUCGGAAUUUAAUGGGUGUUGUUGUGUUUGACGUCAGCAUCGUGACAAAGUCAAAGCUCUGAUCUGAGUUAAUAUUCUCUCACCAAAAAAUUAGAGUUCAAGAUGAUGCGAAUGAGGACUAAAACAACCGAGUUGACCACCGUGAAAGGUAGUGAGAAAGAGUUGGAGGUCCGACCCGGUGGAAUGCUGGUCCAGAAGCGCGACCCGGAUGACCCACAACAUCGUGUUCCUCCCCCAACUAUUCGGGUUCGGGUCAAACACGGGUCGAUAUACCACGAAAUCAUCAUAGCCUCUACGGCCACUUUCGGUGAAUUGAAGAAGAAGUUAACAGGGCCGACCGGUUUGCACCAUGAAGAUCAAAAGAUAAUAUACAAAGAUAAAGAAAGGGCUUCUAAAACAUUUUUAGAUUUUGUGGGUGUGAAGGACAAGUCAAAAAUGGUGGUGGUUGAAGAUCCGAUCAGCCGAGAAAAACGGCAAAUUGAAGCCAGAAAGAAUGCGAAAAUUGAAAAGGCUGGAAAAUCAAUGGUGGAGAUUAGUUUGGAGGUGGAUAGGCUUGCUGGCCAGGUGUCGGCGGUUGAAUCGGUGAUAUCUAAAGGAGGAAAAGUUGCCGACAAAAUGGUGUCUGAUUUGAUUGGGUUGUUGAUGAAUCAGCUGAUUAAAUUAGACGAAAUUAAAGUGGAUGGAGAUUUAAAUCGGCAGAAGAAAUUGCAGGUGGAAAAGGUGCAAAGAUAUGUGGAAACACUCGAUGUUUUAAAGGUUAAAAACACGACAGGGAACAAAGGGAAUGAGAAUUAUGUUCCUAAGCAGCCGCCACCACAGCCGCAGCCGACAUCAAAACCCCGUCUAAAUCAAAGCAAUGCUCGUGUUGGCGUCGCGGCGCAAAACCGCCACCAGUCCAACCAGUCAGUUGGGAAAUUUUCACCAAUCGCGGUGGCGGGUCAACCGCAAGAGGCGUCGAGUAAGAACACAUCAGGGGCAGUUGUGGUAACCACACAAUGGGAGACUUUUGAUUCUUUGCCGACAGUUUUUUCGACCCCACAAAUGUCAACAUCAACAUCAACCACCAGCGAAACAAUACAACACAACUUCAAUUGGGAUUUGCUCUUAAAGUAGUUUGUAGUGUCUUUUUAUGUGUGUGUUUUGGACUUUUGUUCCCAAGUGGUUUGGCCUUGCAUCCUUCUCCAUUUUUUAUGUACCUAGAGUUUUUUUUUUCUUCAGUGUGUUCGUGCCAUUUUCGUUAUAAAUAAAAGAUCACUAUGGUCGUUUCAGUUA